AUGUCAUUGAUCAAUCUAUCAACUACUCAAGUAAGUGUCACAGACGGCAAUGAUGUCAAGUUGGCAGACUCACAAAAAGUAGCUUUAGAGCAACAAAUUCACCAACAUCCAUCGCCUUUGGAUAAAGAUCAUCCGUUGCCACUUGUAACUACUUUGCCUGAUAAAAACGACCAUUCUGUUCUUGCUACAGCAAAGAUAGCUGACAAAGCGGCAGAGAAUCCAUCAAAAACCAGCCAUUUGUUAAACGUUGUUGCUCUUGAAAAAACAGCAAGUCAAGACAAAUUGGAAGCAUCAGCGAUCAUAAAUGCAGUAGACAACGGUAUCCAUCAUUUUCAUGGUACUAGUCAGAAAACGAAUGAAAACAGUAGCACUCUAUUGCCCUAUGAUGAUGUACGGAUCGAGUCUACUGCAGAUACUUUUGCAAAUUUUUCAGAGGGCGUAAAUCGCAUUAGUGGCAGUGCAGAUGAUGCGCUGCAGGCUUUGAAUCCAGUAGCCGACAACCAUUCAGAAUCGAUUGAAUCUAGUAAUCCAGCAACUAGUACUGCGGAUGAUCAUUCUUUGGCCAGACCAUCACAGACUUGUACUGUAGCGGCCACGCCAAUGAGAAGGUCGCAUCUCAAUCGAUAUUACCCAAUCACGACUUCUCGAAGUUCACCUUUGGCAAAUGUCAUCACUCUUUAUGAAGACGAGUCUGACUCUGAAAAAGAUACAACCAGCUCACUCAAAAGCUACAGCAAACAGAGCCCGCCGUUAGUAUUGGAUCAUGACACCACUUAUACUUUUAAAGAGCAGCCAGUGACUGAGCCAGCCAUUCCAAUUGAACUACAGCCAUCCCUGCAACAGAAAAUCAAGCCCUCAUCACGAGACCAUAACCCGUCUAUCAAGCCACGCUUGGAACCUCCUUCAGAUGCAUGCUCACCACUAUUUAACUGGCUUACUUCCUUCUGGUCCAAGCCUGAAAGAAAACAGCCUCAAUCCUCCAUGAAUUCAUAUAUACACCGUUCUAAUCAGAAUCUCUCUAGAUCGAGUCUGGACAGAAAUGGACUACAUGGUAGCAAUACCACUGGUUGGGGGGAACGUAAUUCUCCACUUCCUCGCUCACCCGGCGGUAAUAAACCAUCUGAAACGCUACCUAUUACAUCUAAGCAUCCAAAUACUAAUACAAUUCCAUCAGAUCGGCCUUCUGCUCCAUUGCAUACGCCAUCCCAAACAUCACCAAUCCAUUUAAUCAAUCAGCCUAAUCCUCUACUUUCUCCCAAUCCCAAUUAUACGGUUGAUAAUUCACCUCUUGAAACCCAAAUGCGUGCAGAAUCGUUUGAAUCACGACUAUCAACUUCUGAUCGUCAUCGUAUUAUUCUUAAAGGAGCUUGUCCAGUAUGUUCGGGAGCACAAUUUAUUUCCAGUGAUAUCAUAUGUCCGGCGUGCAAUGGUACUGGUCACUCUAUCAAUACAAAGCCGAAAAAAUGGUGGCAGAUUUUUAGCCAACGAUCGCACAACUACCAAAGACCUAUUUCUCCAUCGCCCAAUAAAUUCGCUCUUGAAAAAGAUCAAGCGGGUCCUUCAAUGAGCACGAGCAAGCUCGAAGCUAAUGGCGAAUCUGAUUCUCGGAAAAAAAGCGUCGAGGCUCCCAAAGCUUCUCCUGCAAUGAACUCGAAUCCUUUGUCUGAAUCAGUGGUUAUGCGCGACACUAAUAGCUCUUUUCCGUCGCCAUCAUCUAGAUCUCCGUCACCGCAUUGGUCUGGGUCAACACGCAACCAAAUUCCUUUUGCGUCGUACAAUGGAAUGGCUGCAGCCAUACCUGAACUAAAGUCUGCUAAUUAUCUUGAUCCAAACUCUGACAUGCCACACAUUCAUGAUCGUGCUAAUCCUUUGUCGACCCAGUUGCUAUCUGCUCUAGAUCCUGGGCCCGUAAGCUCAUGGGCACGUGAAGUGCCAUCUAAAGUGGACACUGCAUCGUAUUAUAUACGAGUUGCUCCUGGAGGAGAUCAUGAAAUACUAGGCGACCCUCUUUAUCUCAAAGCAAAGUAUCCAUCCUCCUCUUAUCAUUCUAUAUCACAGUAUCCUUCUUUGGAAAAUAGGCCUGAUCAGUAUAAUGCUUCAUAUCGCCCAUCAUCGCCUAUUUCAACGCAUACUUUGAAAUCCAAAAACCUUGUAUCGACUCAUGUUCCUGCUGACCCAGUCGUUGAAUCACUUGAAAGCACACGUCAUGAAUUUGAAGAACCACAAUGGCAGUUUGUAUCUGAGCGCCUUGAAAAGAUUUUUGACGACUUUCAAAAUGGCGACAGCUUUACAGAGCUGGCAGACAAAUGGGCCACAUCUACAACCAAUCAUAGUAGUGCGACUGUUACAUUAGCUUUAGAGCAACCCGACUCAGUGCAUGCUUAA